AUGCUCACCCACCUUUACACAAUCCAAGACGAAGAACAGAAGCGCCUCAGCAAGCGCCGCGAAAGCAGCACCGCCGUCGACAUCAUCAGCACCCUUCAUCUCCCUCCCCCGUCCCCAAUCACCUCGGCACCAUCAUCACAAUCUCCCACCGGCGGCGACCAUCCCCCUCAACGCCAUGGAUAUGACGGUAACGACGACGAUGGCAAAGAUGAUGAGCAUAACCUUACGACCCCUUACGCAUCCUGCACCCCUCACCAGCUCUCCGUCGCAACAUCUCGCCUCCACGACAUAGCCCAGCAGUUCCAGGACGUGGUGGCCGGUCUCCAGGACGCCAUCGCCCGCCGGCAGUCCACCACCACGACGCCUCCCCGCCCCGAGCUCCUGUCCCUCCAGGAGAGGCUGGCACGAGUCCACUCCGUCGCCAUCACAGAACACGAGAUCGUCGUCCGGGAGGUCAAGGCGCGGAGAGGAGGAGCAGCGGGAGGGGGAGGGGGAAGAAGGACCGAAGAAGCUUCCAAGAGAUCAGGGGGCUAUUAUUAG